AUGAAGAACUCAAACCCGAGAGGAAGGGCACGGCCCAGGGCGGGGUGUCCUGAACCAUCCGAGAGCCCUGGAGCGGGGACGGACGUGCACAAGAACGCUCUCCGCCGAGGUGACAGCGGGCGGAGGCUGGGCGUGAGGCCCACGGCAUCGCCUCGGAGGGUGUGUGCCCGCGCGGGGCGCGGGGGGACAGGAAGAGGAGGGCGGGGAAGGGGUGGGGUGAGCAGGGACCGGGACACCGGCCCAGGCUCCUCCUGCCUCCCCUCCCCACCCCCACUCCCCCAUACUAAGGCUCCCAGCCCGCCACGCUCUGCUCACUGGCCCGCGCGUCCCAGCCGAGCGAGCGUCCCCGCCGCGCCUCCAGCCAAGGUGAGUUCAACCCGCUGCUCCCGAGCCGCCCCCGCCCCCCCUCCCGGCCGCGACCCCGCGCGCGGGGAAGCCCCCCAUCGGCUGCCCCAGCGCCGGGGUCCCCUGGGCGCCCGCAGCUCCGCGCCCUGGGCCACACCCCGGCGAGACCGGCAGCGCCCCUGCCGCGAUCCUCGCGGUGUGGAGGAGGGGCGCUCGUCCUCCAUACCGGGACCUCCGUGUCCACGCCUGGGGCCUCUGCGCUCUCCUCCCUUUCCGUCGAUCUCUCCUCACUCCCACUUUCCUGCUUUUCCACUCGUCACCCGAGCUAUUCGCCCCGUCCUAGCCGGCAUAUGCGCUCGCUCUGGCUGCAGGCUGACCUCUGUCCAGAUGUGUGCGGCCUCCUCCGAGCUGGACUGCCCGGCAGCCGGCAGAUCCCUUCCUAAAGGGCACUGCUCCGUCCCUCGCCCUGAUGUUUCAGCUUGAGAUUCAACCUGCAGUAGCGGAUCUUUACAUCCUGAACUUCAGGUGAGGCCAGGCUCACGGAAACACGCCGACGGACAGAGAUCUUUGCCUCCAACAUGUUUCGGCAGAUUGCAAAAGAUAAUACCAGAGGCUGGGGCAGAAAUGAGUUCAUAUAACUCAUUUGAAAUGUCUUCAUGCAUUCUGCCCCUACAGAUUCCUAUCCCAUUUCUAUUUAGUUGUCUCUCCUAAAUGGUAUAUGCCUUCCUUGACAGCCAGAAGCUACUUUCUUCAUCUGACCUAUUAUUUGGAGUUUAUUUCAGGUCUUCAAAUUUUCUUAAAGGUGCACUGGACAUAAAUAAAGUACACUGAUUUCUA